AUGCCUACCUCGCGAGCUCUUGGGCUUCUGAUGCUUCUCAGUGGAUGGGCUAGAGCCCACAUGAUAUUGACCAGCCCAGAACCCUUUGGCAGAGACACACUCAACAACUCUCCACUCGCAGCGGACGGCAGUGACUUUCCCUGCAAACUACGCUCCGGCGCAUUCGAGCUCCCUGCGGAGCAGGCCAUGAUCGCGGUGGGGGAAACAUAUCCUCUGAUACUCGAAGGAAGCGCCACGCAUGGCGGGGGCUCUUGCCAGAUCAGUUUGACUACCGACCGCAUUCCAUCGAAAGAAUCGAAAUGGAUGGUGAUAAAGUCCUUUGAAGGCGGCUGCCCAGCAAAUGUGGAAGGUAAUCUUGCUGGUGGUGCGACGGCUGUUCAUCCCUUUGGUCUUGAAUUUGCCAUACCUCGAGGGAUUGAUCCGGGAAACUACACAUUGGCGUGGACGUGGUUUAAUCGAAUCGGCAACCGCGAGAUGUAUAUGAAUUGUGCUCCAAUCACAAUAAUUGGUGGAUCCACUCAAGGGUUGCCGGAGGAGCUUUCCUCGUUCCCACCUAUGUUUAUUGCGAAUAUCAAUGGAUGUAUUACCGCUGAGGGCGUGGACAUCCGUUUUCCUCAGCCAGGAAAUACGGUCGAGCGCAAGGGCGAGCCGGGGAGGUUGGCACCUCCGAAUGUACCAGUAUGCUCAGGGGUCCCUCGUUUCGGAGAUACGGAAACAGAUAUCUCGUCGUCUAGUCCAAUUUGA